UAUCACCAAAUAUUUCUGCGGUGAUUAACAACCCACUAAAGAACACGACUUGGACAAAUCAUAUAUUUUAGAAAUGUUAGUAGCAUCUGUCAUAUUUUAGUACCUUCCAUGCCAAAAGAAACAAAGAGCUCAUCUUUAGAUUCAAAAUGGUCUUCUUGCCCCCUCUGCUGUCAUAAGGUGACACAUAAACAUGUCACUGACCUGGUCUUUGGAUUCAUUCUUUAGCAAAAAAAAAAAAAAGAAAAGUUUAGCUAUGGUUUGCAAAAGAAAUUUGACUUUCUUUUCCAAGAUUGCAUCAUGGAAAAUGUUUUUUGGCCAUCUGCUGGCCCCCACCUACAGUAUCAACACACAUGAAGUUAAAACAGCAUGUGAUGAAGUGCUAUUAAAUAUAAGCUUCUCAAAACCAUAAAGUAUUCAAGCUAAGACAGCAUCAAGCAAUUAAAAUAUUCAACAACACAGAUGAAAUAAAAAAAAUGAAUGAUAUCGGGAAUUAGACGAUAACAGACUUCCACAAGGAGAACUUCAUUGAAAGGAGGCAGUGAAAAUAAUUAGUAAAUCAUCUUGUUUUCCCCACUGCACUGAACUUUCAGCUCCUCUGGGGGAAGCAAUGACAGCUGCUACCUGUUCAGUAACAGCUGCCUUAAUUGUAGCAUGACACUGUUUCCAGUUUGGAGACCAGAGUUAAUUCCUCUUUGAAUGCAUAAACAGUUUGGUGUCGGCCCAGCUGAGCAUUAAACACUGAAGCAGCUACAUUUUAAUUGGCCUUACCCCAUGGGAGAUUCAAGUGUUAUUGAGUCUGUAGUUGCUGCUUCCAGUCAGUCAGUCGGUAGCACAUGAUCUAGGACACCUCAGUUCUCCUCUUGUUGAAGCUGCUUGUGCAAUCUACUGACAUCUCUCACCUUCAUCUCUGAGGCUCAGAAUAACUGUCAAAAAUAUAUUUCAUGUCUCCAGAGAAAUUGUUGGUGUUUUCAGUUAAGGAUCACAGCAGAAAACUGUGUUUCAUUGUCAUCAGAAAUGGAAAACCUCACGCCAGAACAAUGGCGCGAGAUUAUGAACAAGAAGAUGCGGUUUCCUCCGGAGCUCAUCAGCGCCAUUCAGGAGGGGAAAGCAGAGCUGCUGAGUGGACUGUUGAAGACUGGUGAUGGCAUUAUCCGCCAGCUGGAUGAAUCUGAGGACCGCCAGUGGAGAGAGGCCCUCAACUUGUCUAUCCGGCUGGGCAACGAGGAUGCCAUGGACGCCCUCCUGCAGGGGGUCAAGUUUGACUUUCGGCAGAUUCACGAGGCCUUGCUGGUCGCUGUGGACACCAACCAACCUAGAGUGGUAAAGCGUCUGCUGGACCGCCUGGACCAAGAGAAAGGCAACAAGAUGGAUGUACGCUCCUUCUCUCAGGCCAUUUUUGAUCACUCCAUUGACAACUCCCAGUUUGCCCCCGGUGUGACCCCCCUGACCUUAGCCUGCCAGAAAGACCUGUAUGAGAUAGUCACCAUGCUCACCCAAAAAGGUCACAGCAUCCCAUGGCCACAUAAGGUAUCCUGUGCUUGUCUGGAAUGUCGUAAUGGGCGGCAGUAUGACCUGCUGAAGUUCUCCUUGUCUCGUAUCAACACCUACCGUGGCAUUGCCAGCCGUGCCUACCUGUCUGUCACCUCUGAUGAUGCAAUGCUGAGCGCCUUUAGUCUCAGCAGAGAGCUCACAAAGCUCUCACAGAAAGAGCCAGAGUUCAAGCCUCAGUACCUGAGCCUGGAGCAGCUCUGCCAGGAGUUUGCUGUUGAGUUGCUGGGCAUGUGUCGCAACCAGUGCGAGGUGACCACUAUACUGAACAGCUGUGGGGAUGAGACCGAGGAUGCCUUAAAUGAGCAGGCUUUUGAGGACGGAAUACCCAACCUGUCACGCCUGAGGCUCGCUGUCAAGUACAACCAGAAGCAGUUUGUGGCCCACCCAAUUUGUCAGCAGGUGCUGUCAUCCAUCUGGUGUGGGAGCCUUUCAGGCUGGAGAGGCAGCAGAAUGGCCUGGAAGAUGUUUGUCUCUGUGGGGAUUUUUUUCACCAUGCCCUUCCUCUGCCUCAUCUACUGGAUCGCACCAAAAUCAAAGGUAGGAAAGAUAAUAAAGAUUCCUGUCAUCAAGUUUCUCCUUCACUCAGCCUCCUAUCUGUGGUUUCUCAUCACAUUACUUGGAGAAUCAAUAACAAUGGAGAUGUACAGAGAGACGUUUGCUUCCCGGCAGCAGAACUUGCUACACAGCUCCUUCCACAUGGUGUGGGUGGUCGGAUUCUUCUGGUAUGAGUGUAAGGAAGUAUGGAUUGAGGGGCUGCGGAGUUACUUCCUGGAUUGGUGGAACUGCUUGGACGUGAUGGUGCUCAGCAUGUACCUGGCGUCCUUUGCAUUACGCGUGCUCAUCCUGCUCAAAGGCUACUUCCUUUGCAGUGAGAUGAAUGGGAUAGAGGAGUGUGCCUACUUCACUGAGACUUUGCGUGAUGACUGGCAUCAGGAGGACCCCCAGCUGAUUGCAGAGGUGCUGUUUGCAGUGACCAGCAUGUUAAGCUUCACACGUCUGGCGUACAUCCUGCCAGCUGAGGAGGCUCUGGGAACGAUGCAGAUCUCCAUAGGGAAGAUGAUUGAUGAUAUGAUGAGAUUUAUGUUCAUAUUGAUGAUCAUUGGAACUGCUUUCCUCUGUGGCAUCAACAAUAUCUAUGUUCCUUAUGUCAUCACACCACAACUUGGCAAGUUUAACGAGACAUUCCGCUUCUUAUUCUGGACCAUGUUUGGUGUGGUCAGCCAGGAGUACGUGGACAUGCCACAGUUUGUGGUAGCAGAGUUUGUAGGAAGGGUUCUGUAUGGCAUCUACACACUUGUUAUUGUCAUCGUGCUGCUCAACAUGCUUAUUGCUAUGAUCACCAACUCCUUUCAGAAAAUUGAGGAUGAUGCAGAUGUUGAGUGGAAAUUUGCCAGGUCAAAGCUGUACCUCAGUUACUUCAGAGAAGGCCUCACCAUGCCUGUGCCCUUUAACAUCAUCCCUUCACCCAAAGCUAUCUUUUAUAUCAUAAGGGGUAUCUUUAGACGGAUCUGUUGCUGUUGCACUUGUAAGCCUGAGCAAAACUACCCCCCUCUUUCCUCUAUGCCCAAUGAUAAGGGAUCUGAAGACAGCCAGCUACCUUAUCGGCAGCAGGUGAUCAGGGCUCUGGUGCAGCGCUACAUUGAGUCAGCUUGCAGGGAGUUCGAGGAGGCCAAGAGAAAAGAUAUUGGUAAUCGCAUCACUGAGCUGAACAAAACUGUUUCCAGGAUGCACAGUGAUAUGAAAGUGGUCCACCAGCUUUUGAUCAGUAAUGGAUAUAGUUCAAAUGCAUUUAUGAAAGACGGCUCCUCUAUACUGGGCAAAUACAUCAUAGGUGCCAAGAACAAUUUCAGAGGUUUUAACAGCAGACUAGAGGACACUUCACUUAAAGUGACAGUGCACCAUGAAGAAGAAGAGGUGGAGAAAGAAAAGCUUGACUCAGAGCUGGAGUCAGACACACAACCGAAUCAUGUGGGUGAAUGUGAAGCAGAAGAAAUGAAGCAGGUAACAGACUGUGAUAUGGUGAAGAUGGAGGAAGGCAGAGCUAAAGCAGAGGCAGGAGAUGAGGAGGAAGCUGAGAACAAUGAGCAGGUGGAAGUAGAUGAAAAUGAAAAUACUGACAAUAAAGGGAACGAGGAGGCGGUAUCAGAGACUGGCUUUGAUAAUGUAGAAGAAGAAGUGAAAGGGGAGGCCAUACAAGAUAUGACAGAAGACGACACACUUCAAGAGGUAGCAGUGGGUGAAAAACACACUGACAUAAUCACUGAACAAGAUGAGACCAGCCAAAAUGGCAAUGAAAAGAUACACACAAAAACAUUAAUAGAUAAGUUUGAAAACAUAGAGCUGCAAGAAAAAAGCAUGAAGGGAAGAAGGUUUGAGCAUAAUGUAGCAAACUCCAUCAUGGAGCACAAUCAGGACACAACCAUUCCCUCGCCAACAGGCAGCAGCAGCUCCCAGGACACAGGUUUUAGUUCUCCAGAAAGCAUGGAUUGAUGGGAUGCUAUAGAGACCGAAACCAAGUGAUGUCCUAUUUAAAAGACCACACGGGCUUCUUAGGGUUUGUCCAUUAUCCAGUAUGUGCAAGGAGGAUUUGUUGGGGGGGCAAAAUCAAUCAGUGACAAUUUGGAGAUGGUAUGAAUUUCAUCUGACCAACUCUUCAAAACAUAUAACAUGGCAGUUUGUACACAGGAGAGUUUAUAAUCUAAUCAGCCUACUGUCAUGCUAAGCUAACCAGCUGCUGGCUGUAUCUUAUAUAUCAGUCUGUUCAUCCAGUGCUCCACCAGAAAUGAUUAGGCAUGUUUCCUAAAAUGUCAGUGUAUCCUGAUAAUCUUAAUCAGUGAAACCUUGAGAAACUUUCAUAUAGUGCACCUGGCAAAGUCUGCUCACAUCCUGUGAAACCAUGUUUCUUCUGACACAGAGAACUGCUCAAGAAUAAAGAAUUCAUUUCAAAUUCAUUUUUGCCUAAUCUUAUGCCUUUUUCUUUAAACAAGUCUGAUGACAUUAAAAUGAACAUUUAGUUUAGCCAAAGAAAAAACUUACACAUUUCUUAUUUUUGUAUAUAAUGUGGGCCUUUAGAAAUUACUGAGACAGAAAUGAUUUCCUUGCAGUCCUCUUAUCAUGUGUUGAAAAACAGUGGAUUUAUUUCCAAAAAAAGGCUGAAAUGAUCGGUUUACCAUAGCAGAUAACUUAGACCAGUACAGCUUGACUGUGGCGGUAAAACGGGGUUUUACAGUGAGAAAAUACACUAAUUAGAAGUAGCGGCCACUUACAGUACUACUGCAAAAUACGGGAUGUGGUUAUUUUGUCAGCUGAUUAGGGCAAAUGUGGCACUCAGUAGUUGUAGUACUCAAUCGUGCUGGCUGUCCCUCUGGUCACUGUCAUUUUCCUAAGAUCACUGUUCAAUAGCAAUGGGCCUCUGUAGGUCACCCUUGUUUCUUGUUACAUGUUGUUCAAAUAUCACAAGAAUUAACUUGCACAAUAUAAUCUUUGUAAAACAAUAAA